UUCAUGUUAAUCAACGAUCUGUGCAACCGAAGACUUUUUCUAUCCAUAAACAUCCAAGAAUGGGAACUCAAAUUUAUCAACGUUCACCAUUAGAAGAAAAAAAAUCGCUGAAGAAAAAAAGUUUUACGGUGAAUAUGGCGAUAACCAGGAGAAAAGCUCCUCAUCAGCUCUUUGCUUCUUCAACUGUAUUUGCAAUUGCCGUUUGCCUCUUUGUCUCCACAGAGAUGGCAUCGGCAUGGAUUAACAAAUGUAAUCCGGGGGAUUUAUUCAUUGACUCAAACAAUGCAGUCAGCCCAGCUAGUUGCGACAAUGGUUAUUGUAAAAAUUGGUGCAGAGAUCUAUGUUCUAGCAUGGGAACUGUGGCCACCCAAGAUAGGUGUCGUAUAAGUGGAGGAAUGACUCAAUGUAAGUGUUGCUGCAAAGAACCACAAGUAUAUCUUCCUCCGGAUGAUUCUGAUUGGGGAGGCCUUGCCCCAGGUGAUAAUAAUAACUGCACUAGCGCACAACAAUUUUUAACACUAAAGCGCACAGAUGGUGUUACUUGCAAGAGGGAAUCUAUAUGUGAUGCAGAAUGUAGCAAAAGAGGGCUUGUAACUCAGAGAACAGAGUGCGUAGCAAAUAGUAAUGAUGUUCCUAAUAAAGUGUACAACUGGUAUGAGCAGUGUUGUUGUGGGCCUCCACCCCCUCCACCGUGCCCACCUCCAUGUCCAUGCCCGGAUUAUAACAUUACGAUAUCAAUAAAGUCAGGGCAGGCAUCAUGCUGCGAGCACAACGCACCACUACCUUCAUCAACAUGUGCUGCAGUACUAUAAUAACCAGAAGUAAUCAUAUGUCACUAGAAGUUGUUUGUUCCGUUAUAGUUGGAUGCACUUAAUAAAUUGGACCAUGGGUUCAGGUUUUUGAUCAAAAAGUCGGAACACCAUCCUAAUCAUAGGUCUUCAGUUGGGAUUGUUUUUAUACUGGGAAUGGAAACCACCCUAAAUGUGUAAUCCUUUUUUUUUGUUUCGCCUUUCUUGCUGUUUGUUUUUAGUUCUCUCUUGUACUCUCUGGCCAUGAUAAGAACGGUGAGCUCUCUUUAUGUGACUA